AGUGAAAGAAGCCGCUGUAGUGAAAUAUUCACAUUCAGACACGAUGCCCUGCAACAGCGACACGGGAUGCUGUCAGACACUGUCCUAUACGCUCCUUAAAUUCCUGCUCUUCGGUUACGCCUGCAUCUUCUGGUUGAUCGGUGGGUGUAUCCUGGCUAUCGGCAUCUAUGCAGAGGUGGAGAGACAACGCUACAAGACCCUGGAGGGAAUGUUUUUGGCCCCAGCCAUAAUCCUGAUCCUGCUGGGAAUUGUCAUGUUCAUCGUUUCCUUCAUUGGAGUUCUGGGUUCGUUGAGGGACAAUCUCUAUCUACUGAAGGUGUUUAUGUAUACUCUGACUGUGUGUCUGAUCCUGGAGCUGCUGGGAGGAAUCUUGGCUAUUUUGUUUCGUAACCAGACGACAAAAUUACUGAACAAGAACAUCCAAAAAGGCAUUGUAAACUACUAUGAUGACCUGGACUUCAAAAACAUCAUGGACUACGUUCAGAAGAAGUUUAAAUGUUGUGGGGGCAAAGAUUUCACAGACUGGGAAGUCAACAUGUACCACAACUGCUCUGCGCCUGGUCCUUUAGCCUGCGGAGUCCCGCAUACCUGCUGCAUUACCACUAAGCUGAAUGAAGUGGCCAACACUCUGUGUGGGUUCCAGGUGCUUAAAGACUCGCGGCUGGAUGUGAUAGACAAAAUCUAUGUGAGAGGCUGCCUUGAUGCGUUCUUCAUCUGGCUGAUGGACAACUACAAGAAGAUGGCCAUCCUGUUGUUGGUUAUCUUCUUACCUCAGUUCUUUGGUGUGAUUAUGAGCCAGCUGUACAUCACUCGGGUCACAGAGGAAGAAGCUCGUAAAGAGGAGGGUCUGCUUCCAAAGACCCAGCCCCGCGUUGCCAAAUGGUUCAGGUGUAUGCCAGACAAGACGAGAAAUCCCAACCAUCUGUAA